AUGGAGCAAAAUGGUAGUGGUGGGGGUGGUCGUGGUGUUGGUGAUGGACGAAGAGGUGAGAUGAAUAAAGCUCAUAAUCAUCCUCAGCCUCAGAAGUGUCCUAGGUGUGAUUCAUUCAACACUAAAUUUUGCUAUUACAACAACUAUAGUCUCUCUCAGCCCCGUUUCUUCUGCAAAACAUGCAGAAGAUACUGGACUCACGGUGGAACAUUGAGAAACGUUCCGGUUGGUGGCGGUUGUCGUAAGGGAAAGAGAGCUAAAACUUCGGUCAUGAGUUCUUCAAAUAAUUCCAUUGGGAAUACUUCUCUGGCUCAUGCUCAGUCAGUGCUGCAACAGUCAACUGAUCAGUCGGCUAUGGCUGUGUUGGCCAGAGACACUCCUUCGGUCUUAGCUUCGUUUUCUUCUACCGUUCCUUUUUAUCAAGGCGGUGUUGGCUAUAUGUCAUCUUUUGCAGCGUUUAAUCCGUCUCUAAAUCCAAAUCUUUCACCACACACUUUUAAUCCGUCACUAAAUGUAGGCGGUGUUGGAGUUGGUUCUUCUUCAAAUCUGGGUCUUUUACAAGGCUUCAAUGUUGCUGCUCUUGGAAAUUCAUCACAAGGACAAAACCGUCCAUCUCAAUUUUUUCAUCAAAUGGGUGGUAAUUGUGGACCAAUGUUUACAUCAGAACAACAAGGUUUGAGUUUCAUUCCUCCAUCCAAUAUCGUUAAUUCUAGUUCUAUUUCCGGUUCCGGUUCCGGGCCUGUUGCUGCUUCUGAUAAUUGGCAUCAGACCUACAUCAACAAUGCAAACAAUAAUAGAAUCUCUGAACAACAAUCUCUGUGGAGUACUAUCAGCACAACUUCAAUUGGUGCUAAUUCUGAUAGGAAUGGUGGCGGUGUUGGUGGUAGCGGCGGAGACGGCAUUUCUGUUUCUUUGAGUUCAAAUCAAUGGCCUGAUCUGUCAGGAUUCAACCCUCCUCAGUGA